GGUGGGUCCGCCCCUGCUUACCUGAGUUACCUCUAAAUUUUACUAUUGCUAAUUUCCUAUGUUUUCCUGUGUACGUAGUAGGAGGAGAGCAUGUAAAAUGUGUGCGAGUCUACACAUUUACCAGUAAUAGUUUUAUACAUUUAAUUUCAGAAAACGGAAUUUGCUGGGGACGUGACCAGUCCCAUCUCCCCCAACAUAGGUUGUGAGGUGGGUGCUGGCUAGCCCCAACAAUGCCAAACAAACCUCUGUAUUUUCUGCCCUUCACAAUCAUCUGUCUUAUUCUUGUGAACCUUCGAACCUGUUUAAGUUUCGUAAAUGUCUGUGCUGAGUAGCUAGCUAUUCACUUCAAUAUUUCGUUCUCCGUUCGUGUGCUUAUACAUUGGAGGAUUUGGAGGUGUAAGUUGUUCUUCAUUGCUUCUUGUCAGCCAGAAAAUUACUCAUUUCUUUAGAUUCGGGUUCCUUUGGGCUGAAUCCGGAUGAUGCUGGAGAAGCUGGGUAUAUUCAGUUACUAAAAAGUUGGAAAUUGAAUUGAAGGAUAAAACAAGAGUGCCUCUUUUUUAUGGUCAAGUUGAAGCAUUCCUUGUUCGUUAAGGUUGGAUCUUGUGGAAAGUGAAUGGUCAUGGGACAAAACAUGUUGUUCAACUCUUCAGUUAAAUAUUCACAGUACGACUUCUAGAUGGACAUACCAUGCUAUACCUUUGUUUAAUGUGAAAGCUCUAAUGUUCUAAGGGUUGUGAGUAGGUUUCUUGUACUUCCAUUGUCAUGUUGUGGAGAUUAGUUUAAGCAGAGAUGAGGUGUAGUUGAGGUUGUGAUAGGGCAAUUUGUCAAAAGUCAUUGAAAAUGUCGGAGAGUUCAACCGAACUUAGGUCAUUGGCUUUAACACCAACAUGGUCUGUUGCAUCUGUAUUGACUGUCUUCGUUGUUGUUUCUCUGCUUGUGGAGCGAUCCAUACACCGACUAUGCAAUUGGCUAAAGGAAACUGAUAGAAAACCUCUGCUUGCAGCUGUGGAGAAAAUGAAAGAAGAGUUAAUGCUACUAGGAUUCAUUUCUCUCUUACUUACAGCAACAUCUAGCAUCAUAUCCAAUACUUGCAUCCCCUCGAAAUAUUAUGACAGUGCAUUUGCACCUUGCAAAAAGUCUGACAUUGAAGAAGAAAAGCAAAACGAUGAUUUCAAGGAGCGGAAACUUUUGAUGGGACUCUUGCUUGAUCAUCCGCAAAGAAGAAUGCUGAAUAGUUUAGAUCGAAACACUUGCCCCGAGAGUCAUGAACCAUUCGUAUCUUAUGAAGGCCUAGAGCAGUUGCACCGUUUCAUCUUUGUCAUGGCCCUUACUCAUAUAUUUUACAGCUGCUUGACAAUGCUACUCGCCAUUAUCAAGGUCCAUACUUGGAGAGUUUGGGAGGAUGAAGCUAAAAUGGACCAACACGGGGCAUUAACUGAUAGUACAAGAGCAAUGACAAUGCGAAGGCAAUCAACCUUUGUUAGAGUCCACACCUCAAAUCCUUUGUCUAGGAAUAGUGUUCUCAUUUGGGUGACAUGCUUUUUCAGGCAAUUUGGGCGUUCAGUUGUUCGUGCUGAUUACCUUACACUAAGGAAGGGUUUUAUCAUGAACCACAACCUUACAUUGAAGUAUGAUUUUCAUAGCUAUAUGAUUCGAUCCAUGGAAGAAGAGUUCCAAAGAAUUGUUGGUGUAAGUGCACCACUGUGGGGAUUUGUGAUCGCGUUUAUGCUCUUUAAUAUCAAAGGGUCGAAUCUGUAUUUGUGGAUUGCAAUAUUUCCAAUCACUCUUGUUCUACUGGUCGGCACUAAACUUCAACAUGUUAUAGCAACCUUGGCAUUGGAGAGUGCAGGAAUAACCAGCUAUUUCCAGGGUUCAAGCUCAACAAAGCUAAAACCAAGAGAUGAACUUUUUUGGUUUAAGAAGCCAGAGUUACUGCUAUCUUUGAUUCACUUUGUUGUCUUCCAGAAUGCAUUUGAGCUAGCUUCUUUCUUCUGGUUUUGGUGGCAAUUUGGCUAUAACUCGUGCUUUAUAUUUAAUCACACGCUAGUGUACCUACGGCUAAUUAUAGGGUUUGCAAGUCAAUUUUUAUGCAGCUAUAGCACCUUACCCCUCUAUGCACUGGUUACUCAGAUGGGAACAAACUAUAAGGCAGCCCUUAUCCCACAGAGAAUAAGAGAAACUAUCCAUGGUUGGGGAAAGGCAGCUAGGAGAAAGCGAAAGCAUCACAUUGUUGAUGAUUCAACAACUGUGCACACAGAUGGCAGCACGGUUUUGUCCGUUGAGGAAGAUGACAGCCAGUUUCCUGAUAGCUCUCAAACAAGCUAUGGAGAUGACACAUUCGCGAUUGAGUUACAGCAUCACACAGUUGGUGAAGCAGAAGGUCGUUGCGUACAUGCUAAUGAACACUCAAGUCGUCCCGGUACACCUCUCCUUGUACCCUCUGCUUCUAUGUCUUUCGCAGUUCCACCCAGGUUCCUUCCAGAAGUAGCUGCCCGAUCCUUUUCGAUGCCUCUACGAAGAGAACUGGAAAAAGACUGAACACCUGGAAGUUUGGGAACUCAGAUAGAUUUCUGUUGAUGCAUCCUUAGGUUGUUUGUGUACCAUAUCUUGUAUGUGUGUGUUGUGUGUGAGAUUUUAAAUUGUAUCGGGAUGUCAUUGAAUAUAGAAACAUAAUAACCUAUUGAUAUGCAAGAAUAGCACAUAGGCUAUUUUAGACAGUCAAAUUGAUUUCCACACAUCAAAAGUUGUUGAAGAAAAUGGGAUUUAUUUGAUGAAGUCUACCUAUAAAAACGUCUUACGUAUUUUAUGUG